AGUAGAAAAAAAAUCGACGUAACAGAUACGAACCGCUUGACGUAGUUAAGUAAAAAUCCGAGAGUAACAUAUAAUUACUCGUGAAUACGUUUCUAUACGUUCUCACGUUUUCAGUAAGAAAGAUAUGUUACGUCAGAUAGAUAGUAAUAAAGGUUAGGCGCCGUCACAGAAGAACGUGGCGGCUUUAUCACGCCGAGCAAUAGAGAAUCCAUACUGUUCGUUUAAAAAAAGAAAAUAUUUUGAUCUCAAGGCACGUUUAAAUUGAUUCCUUAUCGUUGUUGGUAAUAUCAAACUAAAUAAUUGUGUGUAAAUAUAAAAUUUCAAUCUCAGACCAGACAGUUUCUGUCGGCCCGAAGGAUAUAUCAAAAUGGUGGCUGUACAAGACGAGUGAUGUGUAUGCAGAUAUUGGAGCGCAUUGUAAUUUCAGGAAAAACGCGUCUAAGCACGCUACGUAUUAGAAAAUGGGCGAUUCUAAGGCUCAACAUGGAACACAGGAGAUGAAAGGAUGGCUUUUUAAAUGGACCAACUACUUGAAAGGUUAUCAGAGAAGAUGGUUUGUCCUGUCAAACGGCCUUCUGUCAUAUUACAGGGCUGAACCAACAGGGGGGCCAAAGAUAUCAACGCGACGCAAGCGGAGAGCUGGCAGAGCCUCCGAAAAUCCAACGGAGAUGUCUCAUACAUGCAGAGGCACGAUAUCCAUGCACGGGGCCUUAAUACACACUGUAGAUGCUUGCACUUUUGUUGUAAGCAAUGGUGGUACCCAAACUUUUCAUAUAAAAGCAGCGACAGAAGUAGAACGUCAACAAUGGGUCACAGCUCUCGAGUUGGCGAAGGCCAAGGCUAUUCAAGCCGUAGAAUCUGACGAAGAAGAAGAAGAGUAUCAAGAUAAUGACAAUCAAAAAGUAGAGCAGGGUGCUGCUGUCAAAGAUUUGAGUCAACGCUUAGAUGACUUGCAGGCUUGUUACGAUUUGAUCACCAAGAGAGGAUUUACUCUUCAACGAGCAUUGAAUGAAUUGGAAACCCUAGAACCACCAUAUCCUGAUCUAACAACCAAAAUUAAAACUCUGAAUGAGAAAGCUGCUCUCUUCCGUAUUGCUGCCACUGCUAUGAUCAGUAAAAGCAAUGACUAUUUCCAAUUAGCCCAGCAACAGGAACCAAAGUGGAAGAAAAUGUUACAACAUGAACGCGAUCAGAAGGUGCGCAUAGAGAAAAUGGUUGAACAACUAGCUAGGCAACAUUCACACUUGGAAGAAGCUGCGCAACAUGCGCUUCCCUCAGUGACACCAGCGGGAGGACACAGACCUUCCCAUUCUGCGAUAACUACUUCUCCAUCAGAAGACGAAGAAGAUAAUGCUGAGUUUUAUGAUGCUCAAGAGUCAGACACAUUUACAUUGACUAUUCCAGGAGUAGCCUCAGCCAAUUCAAUAUCUCAUCAGAGAGAUCGAACUGAUUCCCAAGGAAGUGAUGAUGGCUCUAGUUCUGAAGGAGAUCCAACACCUUUGCCAGUUUCAGAUUCCGCUGGAGCAGAAUCAUUUCUUAUUGUGACCGAUUCUACAGCAAUACAAGCUUCUUCUCCUGUUACAAAUACAGACGAGCUGGACAAUACGGCUUGGCAAACCAACAAUGGCGGCAGCGGUGGCACCGGGUUAGCAACCACACCUAGCAGAAAAAGAAGAACUAGAGUACCUGAUAAACCUAAUUAUCCUUUAAAUUUAUGGAGUAUUAUGAAAAAUUGUAUUGGCAAAGAUUUGUCAAAAAUUCCAAUGCCCGUUAAUUUCUCAGAACCACUUAGUAUGCUUCAGAGGCUUACAGAAGAUUAUGAAUAUGCAGAAAUUCUUGAUAGAGCAGCGGAAUGUACUGACAGCUACGAACAGAUGGCCUAUGUAGCUGCAUUUACUAUUUCUAGUUAUUCUACAACUGCUGCUAGAACAGGCAAACCUUUUAAUCCAUUAUUAGGUGAAACGUAUGAGUGCGAUCGCACAGAUGAUCUCGGUUGGCGAGCGAUUUCCGAACAAGUUUCGCAUCAUCCUCCGAUGCUAGCUCAACAUUGUGAAGGUAGGAAAUGGCGUUGCUGGCAGGAGUUCACUAUGGCUUCUAAGUUUCGCGGAAAGUAUCUUCAGGUAAUUCCUUUAGGUACUGCUCACUUAGAAUUUAAUACAGAACAACAACAUUAUACAUGGCGUAAAGUAACAACCACUGUACACAAUAUAAUAGUUGGAAAGUUAUGGGUUGAUCAAAGCGGUGAUAUGGAUAUUGUGAAUCACAAAGAGGGUGUCAAGUGCCAUCUAAAAUAUAUACCAUACUCGUAUUUUUCAAGAGAUAAUCAACGUAAAGUGAAAGGUGUUGUCAUGAAUUCGAGUAAAGAGGUAAAAUGGGUGGUUCAGGGUACAUGGGAUUCGAAGAUAGAAAUUGCUCCUGUUAUUAGUACAUCGGGAGCUCCAGACAAUCCUGUAUAUAAAACAGGACCAUAUAUAUUAGCUUGGAAACGACGUAUGCCUCCCGAUGAUUGCGAAAGGUAUUAUUCAUUUACGGAAUUGGCCUGUCAGCUCAACGAACCAGAAGAUGGUAUUGCACCUACAGAUUCACGACUGAGACCUGACCAGAGAUUAAUGGAGGACGGACAAUGGGAUGAAGCUAACGCUGAAAAACUUCGACUGGAAGAGAAACAGAGGGCUGCACGGCGUAAUCGAGAACAUGAAGCGGAAGAAGCUGCUUCGCAAGGUUUACCAUAUGAAACUUGGGAACCAUUAUGGUUUAAGAAACAGCAGGAUCCUUACACAGAUAGUCUUUGCUAUAUGUAUAGCGGCGAAUACUGGGAGUGUAAGAACAAAGGUGAUUGGUCAAGAUGUCCAAACAUAUUUUAGUUUAUAAUAUACCAGUUUACAAUUUGACCGCCCAUUUACAGUAAAGAAAAGUUUGGAUCUUUUAACGCGAAGUUAAAUAGCGAUAGAUAUCACGGACGCGAAGAAUAAUAUUCAUAAAUAUGCUGAAUGUGUGAUAUUAGGGUUGUUAUUGGGUGUGGUAUAGUUUUUACUUCUUCCAAUGAAGUGAACAAAAGUUGAUGCUUGCAAAUAUGACACGUACUAUAUCGUAUCUUUUGUACUUUUGUGUCAUGACCGUGCUGACUGCUACCUGCCUUUCCUAUUUUCUUCCUCAGCUGUGUCCUUCCUAUUGUUUCGCUAAUUUGAUCAGUCAUUGUAAAAUUCUACAAAGCAAUUGUCGUCCAUAUUUUGUGAUUUUGUAAAAACCGAGUUCUUCGAAUCUCAUUGCUUAAAUUUUUUCUAUGAACAAGCAUUUUUGAAUUCUUGAAAAUGUCACCAGUAAGAAACAUCGUAAUGAUUUGUAAAAUACGUAUACGUAAUAUACCAGUUUAUUGUACAGUUAGAAUAGCAAUUUUUCAAUAGUACAAUUACUAACGAGUAUUCGUAUCGUUCUCAUAGAAAAUUAACUAUUUGGAUUUAUGUAAUUCAGUAUUACUAUGCGUCACUGAAAGAUUGAAAUAUCAUGUCGUUUUCCUGUUUUUCUUAACUUUAUUAUAUUCUAGCUUUCACGAAAUUCUAUCAUAUCAUAGAAAUGUCAUUUUUUCAUAUAUUUUAAUACAUGUACAUCGCGGAAAGUACUUAUGCAAACUGUGAAACGUAUGUGUUACUGUGCUUCGCGCGAUGUGAUAUUUGCAAAUGAAUAAAAGAAAGGAUAUUCAAAUUGUGAAAACGUUGCUUGCAUAUAUUUUAAAUGAGAUGGUGUCCUUCUUUGGCUCUAUUAAAACACCUACUUAAAAAGAAGCAACAAAAAGAAAAAAAAAAUACAAAAGAAAUAAAUCAACAGAAAAAAGAAUCAAAACGAGAUGCUGCUUUUACAUCUUUGCGUUCGUUCGACUGCCACGUUUUAAAUCACGUUUACGCGAAUGCUCGAACAAGGGGUUGGCAUCAACCAACCGCUUGACUGGACAAUGCGUGUGAUUUGAAGAAACGUUCCUGAAUGUGCCAUUAGAAUCUGUGUGUAGUCACGAGGGAGUGCUAGAAUAGGCUUCACUUGGGAAAUACGUUGGGUAACUGGUGAUAAAUUUGAACAUAUAAAAUACAGAUUCGAUGGGCAAGCAAGCGAAACUUUGACGCUUCCAAAUUCACGGUGCCCGCACGCCUAAUGAACAUUCUAUAAUAUUGAAAAGGCGUGCCGUUGACUGAACCGAUACAAGCCCAUUAUGUCGAGGCAACGAUUACAGCGUUAAUAAACUGGAAUCGAAUUUAGGAAAGGAAGCAUAUUCAAAAGAAAAAGAAAGGAAGCGGUCUUAAGAGAUUAUAAGUU